GUACUCUUCAGGUGCGUCUCCUGGGCUGUUUGGGGCUCCUGGAGGUCGUACCCGGGCGCAGCAGAGGGACCCCGGUGGUUCUUCCUUCUUUUACUGCUGGUGACGGACGUUCGUCCUUCAAACUGAGCGGCCUCUACAGCCGGAGCACCAGCAGCAUGAGCCUGAAGAUCCCCGGCAAGAACGAGGAGCUCUCCACGGAGGUGAGCUCAGUGCUGAAGCUGGAGAACACCGUUGUGGGUCAGACACUUUGGAAAACAGUUGGAGAGCAGGCCUGGGAGCAGACCUUCACUGUGGAGCUGGAGAGAUCCAGAGAGAUGGAGAUCGCGGUGUACUGGAGAGAUUACCGCUCCCUGUGUGCUCUGAAAUAUCUGAAGCUGGAAGAGUUUCUGGACAACCAGAGACAUCGAGUCAAGCUGGAGCUGGAGCCGCAGGGGCUGCUGCUGGCCGAGGUGACUUUCUUCAACCCUGUAAUCGAGAGAGGACGGCGACUGCAGAGGCAGAAGAAGGUCUUCUCCAAACAGCACGGUAAAGCCUUCCUGCGAGCUCGUCAGAUGAACGUCGACAUCGCUACCUGGGUCCGCCUCCUCAGGAAUGCAAUCCCCAGCGGAGGCAACGCACCUGCCUACACACCGAGUUUCUCAGGCAACACAAACACACACAUUGCAGGAGAGAUCUCUGUGGAGAAGCUGAACCUAGACAGCGAGUCUCCUCCCAAAGCUGAGAACAGGAGGGAGGUGGUGGACACACCUGCUCCUUUGGUGAGUAAGAGCGAAGCAGACGGGACAUUUUCAGACCGAUGGAAAAGAUCGGCAUCUUGACACUAUCAUGUUACU